AUGGCAACAUGCAUGAGCGAGGAAAAUAAUUUAGAAGAUUUUACUGUUGUUUGGUUGGAUGCUAAUAUAGAUAAAACAAAAGAUUGUCUUGAUACACAAACUCAAUUACGUCAACGAAUUAAUUAUUUAAAAACGUUUACGAAUGCUGAUGAAUGUGUUGAUUAUGUGACCAAAAUUCAGAACGAAAAAGUAUUUUUUAUCGUAUCCGGUACCAUGGGUGAAAUUGUUGUUCCAUUAAUUUAUGAUGUUCCACAAAUACAUUCAAUUUAUGUCUUUUGUGGUAAUAAAGCGAAGCAAGAAAAAUGGACAAAACAAUGCGAAAAAGUUAGUGGUAUUUAUAUUGAUAAACAAUCAUUGUUAAAAAAAUUGCAAGAGAAUAUUGAAUCAUGUUCAAAACAAUUGUUACCAAUGAGUAUAUUUUCACCAGAAAUGAAUGGUGAGCGUUGUCUACAAGAUUUACGUGAAGACCAUGCAACAUUCAUGUGGUAUUAUUUUUUAAUUCGUAUUUUACUUCUCAUGCCCGCUACGCAUACAAAUUUAGCUAAACAUGAAAUGUUAGAAGAAUGUCGAUUAUAUUAUAAAGAUAAUCCACCUGAGCUAGCUAAAAUUGAGGAUUUUGAAAAUAAAUAUGAACCUGAGAAAGCCAUUUGGUGGUACACAUCUGACUGUUUUAUUUAUCGUUUAUUAAACAAGGCACUUCGUACUCAAAAUAUUGAGGCUAUUUUUAAAUUUCGAUUUUUUAUUGCUGAUCUUCACAAACAAUUAUGCUAUUUACAUGGUCAGUAUCGUGAAUUGUUAGGAUCAGAUAUACCACCAUUUUUAACUGUUUAUCGUGGACAAGGGAUGCCUAGAAUUGAUUUCGAAAGAUUAAAAAAAUGUGUCGGUGGACAAAUAUCAAUGAACACGUUUCUAAGUACAACACUUGACCGAGAACUUGCUUUGAUGUACGUUGUACUUGAUAGAUCAUCUAUAGAUAAUUCAAAAUUAGAGUCGGUACUGUUUGAAAUACAAGUUAACAUGAACAUCAAAACAAAACCAUUUUGUAAUAUUGACCAUCUGUCUAAGUUUGACGAUGAAAAAGAAGUUUUAUUUUCAAUUGGGACAGUAUUUCAGGUAGAAGCUGUUGAACUAAUCGAAAAUAACAUUUGGAAUGUAAAACUGAUUUCGAGUGACGAAUAUGAUAAACGUACCGAAAAACUAACAGCACAUUUGACAAAAGAAAUUGGUAAUUCACCAAAUCUUUUAACAUUAGGAUGGUUUCUCUAUCGGUUAGGCGAUUUUGAUAAAGCUGAACGAUUUUAUUGGAUGCUUCUCAAACAACUACCGGCGAAUCAUGGUGACAUUGGUACCAUUUAUAAUAACCUAGGAUUACUGUAUAAGGAUAAAUGCGAUUACAUAAAAGCUGUAGACUAUUAUAGUUUAGCACUUCAAAAUUACGCGAGAACACGUCAAGAAUUCCAUCCACAGAUCGGAACGACGUACAGUAAUAUGAGUGCGGCUUAUCUCAGUCAUGGAGACCUCGAUAUGGCCAAAACGAGUUUGGAGAUGGCGUAUCAAAUUUUAUCUCAUUCGUAUAAGUCAGACAAUCCAUUAUUAGCGUCAAUUUAUAACCAAUUGGGUCAGAUCUCUUACAUGAGCGGUAAUUAUGAGGAGGCUCUCAAACAUCAUAAAAAAGCACUUAAUAUGAAAUUAACUUUUUUACCUUCUGAUCACAUAUCUAUGGCAACCACUUAUAGCAAUAUCGGUGCAGCUCUUAAAGAAAACGAUGAUCUGAGAGAAUCAUUAAACUACUAUCAAAAGGCUCUUACUGUCUGCAUACAAUCAAUGCCAACAAGUCAUCCAGAUUUUGCUAAAAAUUACAAUAAUAUUGGCCUUGUUUAUUUAAAAAACGGGGAUACCACAUCAGCACUGCAAAAUUUUGAAACUGCAUACCAAAUUGGGCUAGGUACUUUGAGGCCAGGUCAUCCUGACAUUAUUGAGUAUGAAAACAAUAUUGAGACAGCUAAAAAUAAAUUAAAAUCUAAUAGUCAGUUUAAAAAAAAAUGA